AUGCAACUUCUACAUUAUGAGCAGGACAGAAAAUCCGCUGUUCAAAGAACAAGGCUAUCUGUUCUUGUAACGUCUAUGGUAGCUCUGUUGAUACCCUGUCAUGCCGUACUCGUGCCAUGGCUGGAUGACGACCCAUUUGAAGAGGCUCUUAUAGGCAUCAACGAUGAUUCGUGGAAUAAUGGUAUACUUUCAAACACGCUCCCGCUACAUCCAUCUGAAGUUACUGAGGACAAUAGAAGUCUGGACCAAAAAGGAAAUGUGCCACAAUAUGUUAUCGAUAAUAGCCCUUUGAUCCACCUAUACAGUGAAGAAAAAUAUUGGCCAGCCGAUAUCAAGGAUUUUGUGAAAAAAUUCCAAUUGCGGGAUCAUACUGGCGAAAACAUUAUCAAAGAGAGCCUCCAUGACUUAAGUGAUUUACAGGAGUCUUAUUCAGUAGAAUUACAGAAUGGAACGUAUGACCGGAUACCGAGCGAAGGUACUUACAUGACAAGUUUGGACGAUUUUGGCAAGGAUCCGAAGUGGUUGUUGGGAGAACAACCGGAAUAUGGUACGGGCCACAUCAAGAAGGCACCCGCCGUUCUUUUUGUUGUCGAUAAGGGGAAUGGCUGGGUAGAUGCAUUUUGGUUUUACUUCUACCCAUUCAAUUGGGGUCCCUAUAUAAUGGGUUCUGGACCAUGGGGUAAUCACGUAGGAGAUUGGGAGCACUCUUUAGUUAGAUUUUAUAAAGGGGAACCACGGUAUCUUUGGAUGAGUGCCCAUGGUGGCGGUACUGCUUAUAAGUUUGAAGCCAUUGAGAAAAUCAAAAGACUACGCCGUAUUGAUGGGAAACUGACAAACGAAGCCAUCAAGAAACCUGUAAUUUUCAGUGCAAGAGGAACGCACGCGCAUUACGCAUCAGUAGGUCAGCAUUCGCACGAUGUUCCGUUCUUCUUUAUGCCAUUGAGUGAUUUUACUGACAGAGGCCCAUUAUGGGAUCCUUCUUUGAACUUUUAUGCGUAUACUGUUACAGUGGGGGAAACUAUAACCCCAUGUGGUGUUGAGGAAACCGAAAUGGGGCUAGACUGGCUUUCUUUCAAGGGUUCUUGGGGCGAUAAACAACUAACUGCAAAGGACCCUAGACAGAAAUGGUGCCCUUUCCAAUGGAAAUACAUUGAUGGACCAAGAGGCCCAUUGUUCAAAAAUAUGGAAAGAGUUUCUCUAUGUCAGCGAUUCAAAUGGUGGAAUUUUUGGAAGGGUUGUCCUGCAAGAAGGUAUAUUAAAAGAGGCGAAGGUUUAGAUGCAGAGAAAAAUGAUCUCGUGGGUGACAAUUGCGGUAUUUUGCUAUACAACAUAAGACCAAAAUGGCUACGCGGUAUCUUCCGGUUCGUGACAUGGAGAGGGAGCGUUUGUUUCAUUAUGGAUUAUUUCACAGGGUAA